UCCAGCCAGCUGUCCAGCUCCCAAAUUCCGGGAGAGAUUCCCAGGAACAAAGCAAGAAAAAUCAGAGCCAUUUGGAAAGUAAACAGAAACUGAGAAGCGAGGGGGGAGAAAAGAGCUGGGAGGACCCAGGUGGAGGGGGGGCCUCUCCAGUCCCACCCAGUUUAGCGAAUGCCCCUGAUUCCCCCUCCCCCUUCACCUGGCUCUUAAAGGGCCCGGCCCCUGACCGGCUGCUACUUAAGGCAGAGGGGCGGCGGCGGGCAGCAGCUGCGCUUCGCCUGCUCUGGGAGGAGUGGACUGGGCAAAAAACCUGGCCAUGACCCCCCAUAGGCUGCUGCCACUACUGCUAACUCUGCUGCUUGCUGCCCGCCCAGGAGGCGCCUUGGCACGGUGCCCAGGCUGCGGGCAGGGGGCGCAGGCGGGCUGUCCAGGGGGCUGCAUGGAGGAGGAUGGGGAGCUGCCAGCGGAAGAGUGUGCGGAAGCUGGGGGCUGCCUUCGGAGGGAGGGGGAGCAGUGCGGGGUCUAUACUCCUAACUGCGCCCCAGGACUGCAAUGCCAGCCGCCCGAGGAAGAAGAAGCACCUCUUCGGGCGCUGCUGUUGGGCCGGGGCCGCUGCCGCCGGGCCCGCGCGCCCUCGGGGGAGAAUCAUAAGGACAGCAAACCCCAAGCAGGGGCCACCCGCUCACAGGACGUGAACCGCAGAGACCAAGAGAGGAAUCUGGGGACUUCUACCACUCCGUCUCGGCCUAAUCCUGGGGGUGUACAAGAUACAGAGAUGGGCCCGUGCCGAAGACAUCUGGACUCAGUGCUGCAGCAACUCCAGACUGAGGUCUUCCGAGGGUCUCACACCCUCUAUGUGCCUAAUUGUGACCAUCGAGGCUUCUAUCGGAAGCGGCAGUGCCGCUCCUCCCAGGGCCAGCGCAGAGGUCCCUGCUGGUGUGUGGAUCGGAUGGGCCAACCCCUGCCGGGGCCAAAGGACAGCAACGGAAGCACCCCCUGUGCCAACGGGAGCAGCGGCUGAGGCAGGGUGGAGGGCUGCAGGGCCAUGGGCAGAAUCAUGGAGGUAUCAUCUUGGGUUAUUUAUUGAGUGAUGAGUAACUCAGGGGCCCUGAGCCCCACAUCCCACCUUAGGCCCUGUCCCAUUGUCCCUGUCACCCCGGGACCUCACACAGUCACUGGUGGAAAGAUUGUUGGUAUUGGCUUGGGUGUUAAUAAAGCUGUGUUGGGAGUCUCUGGCCUA